AUGAAUGAUGGGAUGCUGCCCACAAGCAUGCAGACCCCAGACCAGGUGGACGUGAAGCUCCCUGAACCUCUUCCCGACAGAACUGUGCAUCCUGCAGAGACGUCCACCUUCCAAAGCACCUCCAAGACGCCGGCUUACCACUCUUCCCUAGUGGACCCUGACACCAAACUCACUGGAAGCAUGGUACCGUUGCCUAUCAGAAGUCAAUUCAAAGGACCCACCCCUAGAGAAACAAAAGAUACAGAUAUUGUGGAUGAAGCCAUCUAUUACUUCAAGGCCAAUGUCUUCUUCAAAAACUAUGAAAUUAAGAAUGCAGCUGAUAGGACCUUGAUAUAUAUAACUCUCUACAUUUCUGAGCGUCUGAAGAAACUCCAAAAGUGCAAUUCUAAAAGCCAAGGCAAUAAAGAAAUGUAUACACUGGGAGCCACUAAUUCUCCCAUUCCCAGAGAGCCUGGUUUUCCACUUAAUGCGAUUUAUGCCAAACCUACAAACAAACAGGCAGAUGAAGUGAUGAGGGCCUACUUACAACAGCUGAGGCAAAAGACUGGACUGAGACUUUGUGAGAAAGUUUUUGACCCUCAGAACGAUAAACCCAGCACGUGGUGGACUUGCUUUGUGAAGAGACAAUUCAUGAAUAAGAGUCUUUCAGGAUCUGGACAGUAA